CACAAUUUCAAAUUCUCUCUCCUCUCAAAAGAACCAAUAGUCCCUACUCCGUUGUGUAUCUCUUUCUCUCUCUCCAUUUAGUAAAGACCUAAACUUUAUCGUCUUUUCUUGCUGGAUUUAAUCGCUUCUUAAAUUGGUGUUAGAUCAAUUUCCCACUUUACUUUUGUUGCUUGUAGACUUAAAAGACUAGUCUAGUAGGUUUUGGUGGGCUAUUACAAAAGAAAAAUAAAAAUAAAGAUGAAAAAGUCAAAGUCAAAAAUUUUAAAACUUUGAACGAGCUAUUUUUAUUUAUCAUCGUCAUCUUCCUGCUCUAUAGCUUAUGAUUAACUUAUGAGAAGUUAAAGCUAUGAUUAUUUCUUUAAUCAAAUAGCUAGGGCUUUGGAGAGAGAGAGAGGGGUUAGAAAAAAGUUUUAAUCUUUGUUUAAGAAAAAGUUAAAACAAGAUUAGGGUUUCAUUUCAGAAGCUCAAAGAUCAAACAGAUGGAAGAGGUUAGAGAGAAGAAAGAUGAUAAAAUGGAGAUGGAAAAAAGACAAUCAUCAGCUAACCAAAACAUUCAAGAUCAUCUUCUUCCUCCUCCGUACACUUACUCCCAAACCGCCGACAAACAGAAACCCACCACCAAAAGAAACGGGUCGGAUCCGGAUCUUGAUACCAACCCAAUUUCUAUAGCUCCAGCUUCAAGGUCACACGCUCACCCGCAAACUACUUCUCCGACAGGAACUGUGAGGUACAAAGAAUGCCAAAAGAACCACGCGGCGAGCUCCGGCGGACAUGUGGUCGACGGUUGCGGCGAGUUUAUGUCAUCAGGUGAAGAAGGCACGGCGGAGUCACUUCUUUGCGCCGCAUGUGAUUGUCACCGGAGCUUCCACAGAAGGGAAGUCGACGGCAUGUUCGUCGUCAGAUUCAAUAGCUUUGGUCGUCAUUCACAGAGACCGGUCGUUAACCACCAGGUGUCCCCGAUCAUGAUGAGCUUUGGUGGUGGCGGAGGAGGAAGAGAUCCGGCGGAGUCAUCCACGGAGGAUCUCAACAGGUUUCAUCAGCCUUUAAGUGGGAAUGGAGUGGAGCAGUUUCAAUAUCAUCCCAAGAAGAGGUUUAGGACAAAGUUCAAUCAAGAACAGAAGGAGAGAAUGUACGAGUUUGCUGAGAAGAUUGGUUGGAGAAUGAACAAGACAGAAGAUGAAGAAAUUAACCGGUUUUGUCGUGAGAUUAAUGUGAAAAGACAAGUGUUUAAAGUUUGGAUGCACAACAAUAAGCAAGCUGCCAAGAAGAAAGAAACGUAAGAGACUUUUAACUUUAUAUAUGUACUCUUUGUUAUAAAAUGUUUUCUGAUUUUUACCGCAACAAGAGAAGCCUUUUUCCUAGACGGAUUCAUAUAAUGUAUUUUGACGAUCGCUUGACCUUAUGUCCUUGGUUUCUUUGAAUUUUUUGGACGCUAAAUUUUUGGUUUUGUGUUAGAUUUCAUAUACUCAAUUGAUCCGCGUCCAUUGCUUAUGUUUGUCUCUACCAUACUUCAUUGUACGUUUGCC